AAGAAAUUUCACCCAAACCCGGAAGCGUUCCCCGAUCGGCCGUGACUGCUUUUCAUUGAGGCUGCUGCGAUUUCAUUCCGAUAGCGUUAAAGAUAUCCGUUGGUGUCGCAAGCCUCGGAGAUUUGCUCGCCAACAGAUUAAAAGGAGAGCAAGGCGAUGGCUGGUCGGCUACCGGCUUGCGUUGUUGACUGCGGCACGGGGUACACAAAGCUCGGUUAUGCAGGAAACACAGAACCACAGUUCAUCAUACCAUCAUGUAUCGCAAUCAAAGAAUCCGCCAAGGUGGGAGACCAGGCCCAGCGCAGGAUGAUGAAGGGUGUUGAUGACCUGGAUUUCUUCAUCGGUGACGAAGCCAUCGACAAACCAUCAUAUGCAACAAAGUGGCCCAUCCGUCACGGAAUAGUGGAGGACUGGGACCUGAUGGAGAGAUUCAUGGAGCAGAUCAUCUUCAAGUAUCUGCGGGCAGAACCUGAAGACCAUUACUUUCUUUUGACGGAGCCUCCCCUCAACACACCAGAAAACCGAGAGUACACCGCGGAGAUCAUGUUCGAGUCCUUCAAUGUCCCGGGUCUCUACAUCGCUGUUCAGGCUGUCCUGGCGCUGGCUGCCUCCUGGACAUCCAGACAGGUGGGCGAGCGGACGCUGACGGGCACCGUGAUCGACAGCGGGGACGGAGUCACGCACGUCAUCCCGGUGGCGGAAGGCUACGUCAUCGGCAGCUGCAUCAAGCACAUCCCCAUCGCCGGUCGGGACAUCACGUACUUCACCCAGCAGCUGCUGAGGGAGCGAGAGGUGGGGAUCCCCCCGGAGCAGUCCCUGGAGACGGCCAAAGCCGUCAAGGAGCGGUACAGCUACGUCUGCCCGGACCUGGUGAAGGAGUUCAACAAGUACGACACAGACGGCUCCAAGUGGAUCAAGCAGUACACGGGCAUCAACUCCAUCUCCAAGAAGGAGUUCACCAUCGAUGUCGGCUACGAGCGCUUCCUGGGGCCCGAGAUCUUCUUCCACCCGGAGUUUGCCAACCCGGACUUCACCCAGCCCAUCUCCGAGGUGGUGGACGAAGUCAUCCAGAACUGUCCCAUCGACACCAGGCGUCCGCUCUACAAGAACAUCGUGCUCUCCGGGGGCUCCACCAUGUUCAGGGACUUUGGCCGGCGGAUGCAGAGGGACCUCAAGAGGACCGUGGACGCGCGGCUGAAAAUGAGCGAAGAGCUGAGCGGCGGCAAGCUGAAGCCAAAGCCCAUCGACGUGCAAGUCAUCACUCAUCACAUGCAGAGGUACGCCGUCUGGUUCGGAGGAUCAAUGCUGGCGUCCACUCCUGAGUUUUACCAAGUGUGCCACACCAAGAAGGACUACGAGGAGAUCGGGCCCAGCAUCUGCCGCCACAACCCCGUGUUCGGAGUCAUGUCUUAGGGGAGGGGGAGGGAGGGGGGGGGGCGCAUGUGCGUCCACCGGAGGCCGAGGGUUCGAGGAAGACGAGGAGCAGCACCUCACACGCUGUGGAUGUCCCAUGAGCCUUUGCACGAAUGCUCCGACAGACCCGUUCAUUCGGACAAAGCGACAUUGGACCAAACAAACAGCGGAAAUGUCCUCACAAAGAGGUGGCUCAGCCCAAAGGAAGCUCACAAAGUGUUUACUGCGAGUAGAUUAAUAAUAGUUGAUACAUCUUUAAUUUUCUGUGUGCCUCGUAUAUGUACUUCUAAUAUCCUCACAGGGUUACAAUAUGUAAUUAAUCAACAUGAGUCCUGUAUAGAUGCAUCUCUGUGUAUAUGGGUUGGGUUCUUGCUAAAUGUUGUUGGCUGUUCCGAGGAGCAGGAAGUGCUUUGCUAGUGAAUAAAACACCUCUUUGCUCAUCAAAUGGGUGAAAAGAAAAAGAAAUCAAUCCGCAGACCAACUGAUCGUUCCUUAUUUUCUACUUUUUGUGUCUCUUUUUCUGAACUUGUGUCUGGAAGAACUAUAAUAAUAAGUUCACAUGAUGAAAACAA